UCCAGGGAUAAUAGUGACAGUAAAUCCCUCAAAGAGGUGCUGGUGUAGUAACUUGAUUCACCAGUUUAUUGCUGGGUCACUGACUGGACAAGACCAGGACUGGAACAACACCGUUAUGAAUGACAGCUGGGAAGCCUGUUACACCAAAAGCAUGGAGCUGCCCCCCAGCAGUGAUUGCCUAGAGAAUGAGGGUGAAAACACUUUGUGUUCAACGCAGAGCAAGAAGAGUGACAAUCAGAAUAUAACAGUGGAGAACCCCAACCAGAAUAAUGUAACUGAAGUGCGCAGAACUCCGUCUACAAAGUACUCAACGCGUUUAAAAAAGUCACUAGGUCUUCUACGUUCGGUUUUACCAGUGACAGGGCAGACACAUUCCAGCCAGAGGGUCAUCCACGAAACUUUAUUGAUCACCACCCAGAUGGAGGAGGAGCUCUCCCACCUGCUGGCCAACAAACGCAGGGAGAGCGGAAGUGCCAUCUAUAACUCUGCACCCUUCACUCUGAGCCAUGCCCGCGCCUCUUAUGUGCGCUUCCUUAGAGAAGCAGAGAAGAAGAUCAAGUCUACUAGUGAACUGGAACAAUAUUUGGUGGAUAAUGUGGAAGGUGCUGCUAGUAAAUUCUUCACCAGUUUGGCUCAGUCUUGUACAUACAUCCAGCCUGUUGUCUCAUCAGGAUGCACAGAUACCACAGCCACACAAGUAUCAAGUGAAACAGGCACAGUGGAUUGUUUCGAACUGGCAAAUGGAUUAGAAUGUUCGGCAGUCACUAUCCCACAAAUGCAUAAUGGACUUUCUACUCCAAAGCAGAAUGAAGAAAGGCCAAGGAGUCCUUCAACGCCAGUAUCAGUCAUGAGACCCAGGAAGCAGAGGUGUAUACCUACACCUUCCACUACUCCUGCAUCUUCACAUACAAAAGAUGCGACCUCUACUCUUGCACAUAAAAAACAAAAAUUACAUUCUCCAGCAAGUAAAAAGGCCUUAUUUGGGCUGAUGUUCUUCAUUUACCUGAGCACAGUGGAAAAAGACAAAUCAAGUCCAAGGAUGAAGAGGAAAUUUGUGUCAACUCUGCCAAUUGAAAAUUGCUUACCGUACAUUCAGGACGUAAAAUCAGACACUCUCAACUCUAAUCCAGUGUUACAAUGCUGA